UGCUCAGAGGGCCAAGGCUGAAUGCCGCGGUCCGUGGGGUCUUAGACAGCCAGAGCCCCGUGGACAUAAAGAGGAAGCCCUGGUGUCUUGCGGCUUUGCGCAAGUAACCUUGUCUCAAGUGCCGCGUGGCUCCAGUGUAGCUGUCCCGAGAUCUGAUAACAACUUUCGCAUCGGCAGUUGGACGCUCGCAGCCGGCGCCAUGGGCUUCAAGGACCUCUUCAAGUCCAGAGGCAAGCAGAAGUCGGCUUCGGAUUCGGGCUCCUCAAAGGAGAGCCCUUUCUUGGAGCCAGCUCUAGCGCCAGGCACCUACGGCCAGUUCCCCCAAACUUUCGACUUCUACUUCCUCGGGCGCUCGCCUGACAAGAAGACGGACGCGUUCCUUCUCGCCGAGCGGGAUGGGCAGCAAGGCCCGCUGCGUCCACUCAAUGCUAUCACCGUACACAAGGGUAUGGUUAAGUUGCAAGAUGUGCUGCACGCCGGUCCUACGCGCGACACGCAACCCAUCGGACUCGCCGGCACCGAAAAGCUAUUUCGAUCCGCGUCUGUCAUCGCCCUGCCGCCGCACGCAGGAGCCGCCGCGGGCAAUCAAAUCGUCCAGCUCGUCGACAAUGGGGGCAUCAAGUUUGAGAAAUGGGCCUUCAGCGUUCCAGUUGGUGGUGCGGCUGAGGCCGAGCUCUUUGAAUGGCGUAGCGACAACCUGGUGCGCCCGGAAAAGGACAGGCCAUUUGAGCGUCGCCUGGUCCGCGUCAGCACCAGCGCGGACGGCCAUGAGGACGUGGUAAUGCGAUGGGCAGACGACCCGGCGCCGGAGCGGGAGAGCAGGCUGGGCACAGUGCGGUUUGAGGGUGCGGGAGUGACUGGCCAACUGGGACCGUACUGCACGCUGGCGGCAGUAAUGGCGCUGCUGCGAAUUGUGCAGGUCAAGUCGGAGGCGCAAGUCGCGGCUGAUGGCAUGCUCCAGGCGGCGGGCAAACUGGCUGGGCUUGGAUUGGGGUUUGCUUGA